AUGUUGCUAAUCUUAAUCGGUUUGGUGGCCGCCGCCGGCGCAGCCCCACGCUUCCCCUUCAGCGAUGAAACAAGCCUGGAAAAUAUGUUCAACGAUGAUAUAUUCAGCAUGAAUAAUUUCUGGCAAGAAUUCGGCAGAGAAAUGGCGACACUCGAACAAAGAAUAUCGCAAAUGUCACGAAAUUUACCCCAAGUUGUCACAAAGGAGGGAGUCGAGGGUAACGAGUACAAAAUAGAAAUUCCCCUAACUGGCUUCCAAGAAAGCGACAUCUCCGUCAAGGCCAGACCGGGACUACUGAAAGUUGUAGCGAAGCAUAAUUUCGGUCCCGGAUCAACCAGCAACUAUAUCAUUGCUAGGUCCUUGCCCGACUUCGUGGGAGCAAACGGUGACUGGACCUACGAAGAUGGCAUCCUCAAGAUAGUAUUCCCCUUAAACAAUAAUGCAAAUGAAGGUUCUGAUCAACAAACUGUUGCGCCUAAUCACAGUCGUGAAGAAAUCGAAACAGACAACACAGACAACGGUGCAAACGCUGAUAUUGGGUUGGAUAGAUCAGGACAAGACUCUGAACUAAUGACCAAUGAAAUACCGUCUAAGGGACCGGUGGAAGGAACAACUUAUUCCGAGGGAUUGAAGGACGAUGUUGAAUUUGUGCCGCUAUCUAGGUACUAA